AUGGUAUCUUUUGAUGUCACGUCCCUCUUUACUUCUAUCCCCCAGGAUCUGGCAAUCGAGACCGUCCAGCUACUCCUACGAAACAAAUACGAUGAAACGGAGAAUCCUCUCGGACAUGCCCAAGUCCUUCAGCUCCUAAAGUUCUGUCUCAGGACGUACUUCACGUUUGACGGAACAAUCUACGAGCAAGUGAAGGGAACACCGAUGGGCUCGCCGAUUUCGGGAUUCAUCGCCGAGGCGGUGCUACAGCGGUUGGAGUCGCUGGUCUUCCAACACCACAGACCGAAAUUCUGGGCUCGGUAUGUGGACGAUACCUUCGUCGUCAUCGAACGGGAUCAGGUGCUAACGUUCAAAAAACGUCUCAACAGCGUCUUCCCGGACAUACAAUUCACGAUGGAGGAGGAAGAGAAUAACCAGCUGGCAUUCCUUGAUGUCCUCGUCUGUCGCAAAGAUUGUGGUGGCCUAAAGACCAAAGUGUUCAGAAAAGCAACGAACACGACGCAAAUUCUGAACUUCAACAGUAACCACCCAAUCUGCCACAAACGCAGUUGCGUAAGAACGCUAUUUCGGCGUGUUGAAACGCAUUGCAGUGAACCGGAAGACAAGGUUGCCGAAUCCCAAUAUCUUCGACGGGUUUUCCGAGAAAACGGUUACCCGCGCAACUUCGUCAACCAGUGCUUGCGCAAACGAGACGAGCGACAAAAUCGCGCCGACCCCAAAUUCUGGCGAGCGAUCCCGUACAUCAAGAACGUCUCCGAGGCCGUUAGCCGCCUUCUUGCACCACUUGGGGUUGGAGUUGCGCACAGACCGGAGGCCACCAUGAGGCGUCAAGUGAUGAGACCAAAAGACCCACUGCCACGGCAAGAAACAUCUGGAGUCGUUUACCGGAUCUGGUGCAGUUGCGGACAAAGCAACUACGUCGGAGAAACUGGAAGACUGCUCCGGACGCGAAUUGCCGAACACGUGGCAGCUGUACGGAGAAAUGACGCCAACUCUCAGGUCGCGGCCCAUUCGACGAGACCCGGCCACACAUUCAAGUUCGAUGAGGCCGAAAUUCUCGCGAGAGGGGAUAAUCGCGUGAGCCGCGAGUUGCUUGAGUCAUGGUUCACGGGACCUCAGUCUAUCAACAAGUGCAAUGACAUCCCCACUCCAUAUUCAGUCCUGAGGCAUAGACUGGCCAAAGCAAUUGACCACUCGAGGAGCGCGCAAGCACGUGAGCCAGAUGGCCGAGCAAUCAUCUCGCCAGCAUCCAACACGGGUGAUGAGAUGUCAGCAAUUAACAACUUGCAUGCCGGCCAUCAAGCAAUUAGCGCACCUGCGGGCAACAAUCCUUGA